CAGGGUGACGGAAGUUGACAGCAUCCCCAUCAGUAAACUUAUGAGUGUGUUAUAUCCUUACACUCACUAGGGAGGACGGUUUGUCCUCCAUGUUCACACACUCCUGUCCGAGCUGCUAUGUCCUCCACCUCCGUGUCAACAUCAACUGGUUGUGGCGGUGGUGAUGCUGCAGCUGCCAUGCAGGCGUCCGAGCAGGCUCUGCUGGCCUCAGACCGCUAUGCCAGACUCAUCCUGGCCCAGAUGAACAAGAUGCGGCUCCGCACUGAUUUCUGUGAUGUGGGGCUGAAGGUCGGCAACCGGGUCUUCAGGGUCCACAGGCUGGUGCUUGCUGCUAGCAGCCCUUACUUCUCCGCUCUGUUCUCCGGCGGGAUGAGGGAGGCAGAUAAAGAGGAGGUGCAGAUCCUUGGAGUGGAGACUGAAGUCUUCGAGGUGCUGCUGGAGUUCAUAUACACAGGCGUGAUCAGUGUGACAGUGGAGAACGUCCAGGAGCUGAUGGUGGCAGCAGACAUGCUGCAGCUCAACGAGGUGGUGUCUGUCUGUGGAGAGUUUCUCAAGGGCCACAUGGACCCGUCCAACUGUGUGGGCAUCUUUCAGUUCCUGGAGCAGAUUGCCUGCAUGGAGAUGCUGGAGUUCACUGAGAACUACAUCCAUGUUCACUUUCUGGAGGUGUGUGUCACUGAUGAGUUCAGGGACCUGUCAAAGGAUCAGCUGGUGAGGCUGCUCAGAAGUGAAGAAUUGAGAAUUGAGGAUGAGUACCAGGUAUUCACUGCAGCCAUGGACUGGGUUCUCCAAGAUGUGGCGAAGAGGAAAAAACAUGUCGUAGAGGUGCUGGAGCCGGUCCGCUUCCCACUGCUUUCUCCACAGAGACUGUUUAAGUACAUUGAAGGUAUUUCAGACUUCAGCCUGCGGGUGGCACUGCAGACUCUACUGAAGGAAUACACUGAAGUCACAAAGUCUCCCAAAGAAAAUAAGAUGUACAGUCAGUUACAACCAGCCAAGAUGAGACCCAGAAGAAAAGCCAGGAAAUACCUCUAUGCCAUAGGAGGCUACACUCGGCUGCAGGGCGGCCGCUGGAGUGACAGCCGGGCAUUGAGUUGUGUGGAGCGCUUCGACACCUUUAACCAGUACUGGACCACUGUGUCGUCCCUGCACCAGGCCCGCAGUGGCUUAGGGGUGGCGGUACUGGAGGGCAUGAUCUAUGUGGUGGGAGGGGAGAAAGACUCAAUGAUUUUUGACUGCACUGAGAGAUACGACCCAGUGACCAAGCAGUGGGCCGCUGUGGCGUCUCUGAACUUUCCGCGCUGUGGGGUUGGCGUCUGCCCCUGCCACGGAGCUCUGUAUGCACUUGGUGGUUGGAUUGGUUCUGAGAUUGGGAAGACCAUGGAGCGAUAUGACCCCGAGGAGAACAAGUGGGAGGUCAUCGGCAGCAUGGCAGUUCCUCGUUACUACUUUGGCUGCUGUGAGCUACAAGGAUUUAUUUAUGUAAUUGGAGGAAUCAGUGACGAAGGAAUGGAGCUGCGUUCAGCCGAGGUGUAUGACCCCAUCUCCCGCCGAUGGAGCGCCUUGCCAGUCAUGGUCACACGUCGAGCCUAUGUGGGCGUCGCCUGCCUCAAUAACUGCAUUUAUGCAGUGGGUGGCUGGAAUGAGGCACUGGGUGCACUGGAGACAGUGGAGAAGUACUGUCCAGAAGAGGAGAAAUGGGUUGAGGUGGCCUCUAUGUCUACUGCUCGUGCAGGUGUGUCAGUGUCAGCAGUUAAUGGGCUGCUGUACGCCGUCGGUGGCAGGGCCGCCAGCAGAGAUUUCUCUGCCCCGGUGACAGUGGACUCUGUGGAAAUCUAUGACCCUCACCUGGACACCUGGACUGAAGUCGGAAACAUGAUCACCAGCCGCUGUGACGGCGGGCUGGCUGUGCUGUAAUAGCCAAACUGUGAACGUCCAUAUCAUCCCAACACAGCAAACGUUGAAGAAAAGCUGCACCUUAAGAAACACAAAAUUGUUUCUGUCUCAAAUAGGCUUUCACAUGAUCAUACUCUAUGUGUUACAGAUGUGUAUUUCUUUUUUAUUUGUCCAUAACAUUUGACAUUCAUUGAACAUUUGACAGUAGAUCUGAAACUGGAAAACUGCCAAAACUGCUUACACUGUUACACGUCUCGUCGUCACUAAAUGCUUUUACAAGAAUAUCCGUGGAAACACACUUGUGUUCCUCUCGUGUAUUUGAAGACAAACGAUCCUUGUGAUAAGGAUAUUUUUCACAGCGGAGGGGGUCUUUUUUAAAUGGACCAGAGUUUUUAGUCUCGAGUGUAAGUGUCCUUUGGGGUAUACUGCGAACAGUUCUUGGAUAAGAUGUGAAAGCACUGUUUUUUAAAUUAGUUUUCUCUUUAUGUUUUUUAAAGGGACACUUCACUAAAAAAUCAAAAAUACAAACUCUUCCUGUUCAUGCUGUACAGCUAUUUAGAUUGUUCUGGUUUGAGUUGCUGAGUGUUGGAGAUAUCGGCCGUAGAGAUGUCUGCCUUUGCUCCAAUACAAUGUUUCUUUUCAGAUAUCGAGACGUGGUUACUCAAGAUAAUCCACAGACCAUGUUGUGUUUAGUUUCAUGUAGGAACGGAUGUAGGAAAAGGAUCUUUUUGCUUCCAGACUACAUUUGCCUACAGUAUCUCCGCGAAGGAGGAAGCAUGCAUCUGCUGCUAGCACCACUGAGCGAGCUAAUGUUACUGCUCAGACAAGAAGGACGCCAUUAAUGUUUACAUCUCGUACUGUCAUGAGCCUCUUGUGCAUAAAAAGAUGCACGCUUUGAGCACCACAAGCCAAGUGGCAUCUGGUUCCAUUAUAUUGGAGAGAAGGCAGAC